UAUAAAUCAAAUGUCUCAAUCCCUUUCAUUUGAUGCCCUCCACUUUUUUCUUCUAAUUUCAACAAUGUCUUUAAUUAAUCUUUUGUUAUUUUUAUCUAUCAAUUCAUUGGCCAAAGCUUCUCUUAUACUCCCCUCCAAACCUCCUUUAAAUCAACCAAAAGACAUUACAAAUUUAUUUGUAGAAACUCCUAUUCGAUUCUCGCAAAAAUUAGACCUCAACUUUUCAAAUACUAUCGCCCCUAAUGAGGACCACAACCAAUCCAAAAUUAGCUCCUCUUCCCCAAUACCUCCCCAACCACCUAUGCCCACAACCCCAAACUUUUGUCAAAGGACCAUAGCCAGAACCUCAUGCCCCAACCCUCAAACAGUCAACCCCCUCGACUUAAGAGCUUACAUGGGCACAUGGUACCAAGCAAUCUCGACCGCCCGCUACAAGCUUACCUUCCAACCAGGCCUAAUAUGUGAACAAACCAAUUACACAUUCCUACCCUCCAACUUUGACGGCACCACCAGAAUAGCCGCCACAUAUAGCAGCUCCACCAUCUUACCCCGCCUCGAAGCUGCCACCCUAACUCGAUUCUCCCAGUCAACUGACAGAAUCUGCACUGCCGCCAAAAAUAUCUGUCAACUAACGACCCCUCCCUAUUCCGGUCUUCGUCAAAAUCUACGAGCGUUAUGGCAUUCCAUUCCCCUCCUGUCAUCCUCGCAUCCGUCAAUUGCCGCCGAAUUGCAGCGUCAAAUCCGACGGACUUUUCAUCUGAUAAGACUCGUGGAAUGCAGCAUGGACUCUCUGUCAACUAACGUCAGCCAAAUCCAGCAGGCCUACGGUCGCAUUAGCAUCGGCCAGGGGCUCCCACGGGAAAAUAUCCGUCAACUGACAGAAAUAAUGUCCGGCACUCUCAGGGUCGUGAGGGACGUCACUUACCAGAUUUACAGUCGCGACUACAUCCGCCGCCAAAUCAUCGAUAUCGCCGCCAAAUUAGCGGCAGAAAAGCCUUCUCUGUCCCGCCAAAUUAGCGGCUCGGUCUUGCAAAUUGCUUCGGAAUUUGGCAGAAUAGAGGCCAGUUUGGCAGAAAUGGGAUAUAUUCUCACAAAUCUGGAGGUCGGUUCUGCUAGCCUUAGAGGUCCCACUACCUUUGGCAAAGGUUAUAAGGCCGUUUGGCGUGGAUUAGGGUUUCAGAAUCAGAGCGCUCCCGGGAAGUUGGUGAUGGACUUUUAUGGGGCGACGAGCCCUUAUUGGAUUAUAGGGUUGGAGGGUAAUGCAACUGAAGGGUAUAAGGCUGCUCUGGUUUAUUCCUGUACAGAGGGUUUGAAUCAACGUAUUAAUGAGAACUUGUUUGUGUUCUCUAGGAGUAGAAGUGGGAUGGUGGAGGAAGAGAUCAUGGCAAGAUUUAUGGAGAUCGCUCGUCUCUAUGAGAUUGAUGUUGACUGUAACAAUCCUUUCGUUUUCACUGAUCAGCGUGGUGGAUCUUGUGGAGCUCCAUAGUUAAGAAGACCUGGAAAGUCUUUUAAGGGAUGAAAAUGGUCUUGCGUAGAGGCUCAAUAAUAAAAAGAAAUUUACAGGGAUAGAAAAUAUGUUUCCAGGAUGGCAUACACAAUGAAUCAAGAAUGUUCCUUUUUCACAGGAAUAACUAUACAGAUAAUAUAAUUCUUUUAGCUCA